AUGGCCUCGUCGCUGUUCAUAGACCUUCAGGGCCAGCCUAUUCCUGACAGUCAGGUUCUAGGAUAUGGAAGAUCAGGUGUCGUGGUUUAUUCUGAAAACCCAAGCCCGGCUGCUAUCAAACUCCCUUUACGACAUCCCUGGAGUAGCAACGCCGACGUACAAUCGAAUCAGAGGAUACUCCGACACGAGCAAGAAGUCUUUCAGCGUUUUCGUUCUUUCGAACCGGAUCAAAUUGAUGGUGUUGUUCCUUGUAUGGGAUUAUAUCCAGACGCAACCCACCUCGCCUAUAUGAAGAAUGGGGACUUGCGUGCUUACUUAGGCAAGCACACCUCAACACGCCUACAGCAGAUUUCAUGGUUCCGUCAGAUUGCCCGGUCGCUUCAGCAGAUCCACGAUAAACGCGUUGUCGUUGCUGACAUUGCUACUCGCAAUCUUCUUCUCGAUUGGGAUCUGUCUAUCAAAAUCUGCGACUUUAGUGAGGCAUCUAUGUUUCCAUUAGGGACACCAAUGGACCUUGCCGAUGACGACGGCUUUUCCGUGCAAACGGAUAUUGGUCAGCUUGGUGCGGUGAUGUACGAGGUCAUAACAGGCGAAAAGUGUUCGUUUAACCUCUUCGAAGAUGAUCGUGAUGAUGGCCGAGCCACCUGGCCUAAACGCACCUCUCUACCAAGCACUGACGGGAUUUGGCUUGGUUCUGUCAUUGAAAAGUGCUGGACUGAAGGAGGGUUUAAAAAUACGGACUGUUUGUUGCAAGAACUGAGCAUGGUCAAUGUCAACGGCGAGACCGAUGCCAUAUCGAGAGAACAAGACCCUCCACACAUCCAGAUCUCCCGAAUCAGUAAAGCCUUUCAAAGUCCACUUUUUGCCCUUGGCGCUGUGUUCGGGAUUUUCGCGAUUGUUCAUCGCUGGUCAAAACGUUGCUAG